GCACGCCCGGUCGCCGCGACUCGCCGUGUGAGGGCGUGGGAGAGGGUCAUCCGCGGGCGUGGCAGCCGGUGUACACGGUGGUCAUCGACGCCGGCGCCACGGCCACGCGCCUACACAUCUUCUCCUUCCUCAGGUGCUGCAUAGAUAAUACGUUCCUGCUGCAGAAGGAAGAUUACUUCCAGGUCGAUGACAGUCUUAUGAAUUACGUCUACACUUCCCACCAGAUCCGCGAGUUGCUGCUGCCCCUCCUGCGCAACGCCCGGGAUCUUGUGCCCCCGAAGUACCAUCAGCACACGCCCCUCCUGCUACGCGCGACGCCCUCGCUGCGACUCCUGCCACGCAUCCACGCCACCAGGCUCAUCCACAGGGCGCGGACCAUCGUGUCGCGGUCGCCGUUCCUGGUGAAGAGCGACCACGUGACCAUCAUGGCCGGACACGACGAGGCGGCCGAUCUGUGGCUGGCGGCGAACUUCCUCACCGGCCGCCUGUACGAGAACCACACGUCGCCCUUUGCCGUGGCCGAGCUGGGUGGAGGGACGCUGCGGGUCACGGUGCCCCUCGACGGCCCCCCUGAGUACAUACGGAAGGCGAUCGAGGAGAGGAAGAAGCAGAAGGCGCAAGCGGCACAUGCGCAAGGGGAGGAGGAGGGAGGGAAGACUCGAGACGAGCAAAGAGACAUAGUGGCGGGGAAGGGCGGAGACCAGGCGGCGCAAGGGGCGUCGAGUGAGCACGGGGGCCAAUGGGUACGAGGCAGAAGGAAAUACGUAUUCCAAAAUAAGGCAAAAGAUGAUCUAUCUAGUGUAAGCCAAUCGAGACACAAUGCGACGAGAAAGGUCGCCGCAGCAGGUGAGGAUGCGAUACCAAAGCCAAUAAAAACUAGUAAAUCUAAACACUUGUUGAAUUCUAGUUCUACUGAUAAGGGACAUCGGACUGUUACCCUUAACAGCAGUGUUGUUCCUAGCAUAAAAAACGCACCCGAAAAGCCGCACAGCAGGAGAAAAACGGAAGUGACUGUGGGUGCAGUGCCAGUGACGAGUGCAGUGCCAAGCACGAGUGACAGUGUUACCAGUGGGGAGGGGGGAGGGGAGGAGCGAGGAGGGAGCGAGCGGGAGGCGAAGAAGCUCGGAGCCCAGAGUGAAAGCCUGGACGAUUCAGAGAACGAAGGCCUAAGCAUCGUGUCCGGGGGGCGGAGGGGGGCGCGGGGCCACGAUGAUAAAGAGCAGGAGAAGAGGAAGAAGCCAGACAAAGGAGCCAGGAUAAACAUCCAUCAGGAUAGGAGCUCAGGAGAUGGCGGCGCGUCCCUGGCUCGCGUCCCCAAGGAGGGCUCGGGGACGGAUAAUCAAGAAGUAACGACUACGAUCGCACCGCGGGGCAGGGAGGAGGGCGAGGAGCGGGGGCGCGAGGACGUCAGAUCCAACUCGGAACGGAAAAGACAGAACAACAGGAACAAAAAGAAGCCGGCAAGAAGAAAAAGCUCGCAGAGACAAUCCUGGAACGCCGGCGGGGACGAGGCCCGUCCUCCGGGCCGUGGGACACCUGCACAGCCACCUGCCGCUGCCUCGGCCAAGGGCGACACUCAAAAUCCCGAAGAUGAGAAGAGACUCGGAAGCUCAGGGAGAGUUGAUCUUGGAUCGAGCGGCGAUAUUAGAGGCGUUGAACCGGGUUCGAGCGCGGAUCAGCCCGGAUCGCGCAGGAUCACCAAUGCAGGAUCUGCCGAGGCGUCAGACGGGCUUGGCGAUGACGCAACACCUAAAAGCAUCCUUCAGCUCUGGCCCGAGAGGUCUCGGUCGUCAACGCCUUCGCCGAGAGAGGAAAAAAGUGUGCGCUCCAGAAGAAAGAAAGCUCGUGCUAAGACAAGGCCAAGAAAAAUACCGACCACUGAGAGAGCGUUGUUGUCCGCAGACGCCGUGGAUGACGAGAGCGAGAGUCCCGUUCCUGUUCAGGAGGAUAACACGGGAGGCGACUCAGGAGGACUGAGGCAACACCAACAGGAGAAGGAGGACAGCGCCAUAGAUAAAACCGAGAGACACAAAAACUCUCGCGUGAGAAACGACAAAACAAAAAGAAGGAAGCGAAGAAAAAGACCCAAAACUUCUCACUCUAGAAAAAGGAGAAAGCACAGGAACGGAGGAAAUGGAACGACAACAAAAGACAGAGCAACAAGUGUACCGGGUGAUACACAAAAAACGAGAACUGACCGAGAAAGGAUUGCAGACACGGCCGGCGACGAGGACGAAAAUCCCGGUGAUAUCUCCCCCGCAAACAAGGGGAGAACAACGAGUUCCAGGAACCGCUCGCGCGACGAAAAUGGGGUCGAGGCGCAAGAGAACGGCGCCUCUCUCCCCGACGAGGGGAGGGGAGGCGGCAACAAACAAACCGCAGCGGACCGCCCUUCCUCGGGAGCCCUCUUCAGCGGCGACCGCGAGCGCCCAACAAAAGGAGGCGGAGGCCCGAGCCGCAGGAGAGGCAAAAACCAAUCUAGAUCUACCCCUCCGAGUAAUAGGAAACGCCAAUCUAAAAAACGUCCUCCGCCUCUGUCACCAUCCGAGAACACUGGCGUCGGGCCGCCCCCACAGGAGAGGGUGUCAGCUCGGAACGCAGCAAAUCCCUCAGCAGCGGGGAAUCGCGAUGGGAAUCUCGGCGCUGAGACGGGGGAUUUCGCUGCAGCAACGUCCAAACAAAUCUCGUCAGGAUCGCGCCGCCGCCACCGCCACCGCCACAGCCGCUAUAAUCGCCAACGCCGCUACCGCCACCGCCUGGCCGACGCUCGCCGUGAGGGAGGGCAGAAAAGGGGUGUCAGGGGCGCCGGGGGGCAAGUCCUUACCUUCCAUCGACCUCGACAUUCCCCACUUGAGCGAGAGUCGGGUUUCGCGAAGCUUAUCAAUCACGAGAGAGGAAGAAGAGAUUUGAUAGACCCCUUUCGAGCUGACGAGGACCUGCAAGAGACACGCAGCUUGGGCUUCAGCAGCAGUCUGUGGAAACGCCCGCCGCUUAUCGCCACGAAUCCUUACGCUGCAGUAUUCGGAGGUGAAGAGAAGUUAAACCGAAUCGUCUGGAACUCGCCAGAAUCCACGACAACCCGAGACUCUUUGAUCCAGGGCAGCCUUGAGUCGCCAGAAAUGAGCAGAGCCGCGAUGCAGAGAGACGCGAGGCGAGCGAGGCGGCAGCUGAGGAGAGCCGCCGCACACUCGCAGGAGACGCUGAUCACCGGCCUCUCCGCCGAGCAGGACAUCAUGCUGAGCCCGGACGAGACAGACCUUCGGAGAAUCGACAUUCUGAGCCGCGACUGUGACCACGUGAGAGGGAGCGGCGACGGGCGAUCGUCGGCCGACGCGGCGCUCGACUCGACGAAGCAAAUCACGGAUGGAAAGAAGCCGGGCAAGGGCGUGCUGAGCUUCGGUGACCCCAAGAAAAAGAGCGCGGACGGGGACGAGGCCGAGCGAGACGACGCGAAGGAGCAGCGGACUCGGCGGGAACUGAGAAAUCUUUUCGGGGCGCCGAACAUCACGUACCGCUGCUCUCCGUUCCAUAAACAUUGGCUGUUUACGUCCAGCAUCCCCAUGGGCAUAUACCCCGUCCGCGUGAGGGUUCUCCAAACGGGCAACCUCACGCGCAUCCCCUUGUCUCCGAACGAAGUGGGCGUGGAGAGCACCACCACCCCGGCUCCGCCCAUGGCCACGACGCCUCGCCACCGCUCAGACAUCCCCCCCGAGGAGGAAUACACAGGGGGCGAGCAAGACGUCCCGUCCUCUCCGCCGCCUGAUAAGUCGGCCUCGAACUCGGCCGCCCGCCCCACACCGCCCACUCCCCCGGCGCCGACCUCGCAAACAGCCACCCCGAUUCACCCCCUUGCGGCCAACGUGAUCGCCAACAAGUGGAUGGAAGUGGCGGUCGACCAGGUGGAGAGGGUCGUGGACUCGGUGCUGCGCUCCAUCGGCCAGAUCAACACGACUCUCCCGGAGGCGGGCGAGGGAGGCAACGGCACCGUCGGGAAUGAGACUUCUUGGAGGCCCAGACACCGAGGAGGAGGCGAGGGGGAGGGAACAACGAGAGCAGGAAGAAAAGGUAGAAGAAGAAAGGCAGGGGGAGCAGAAGGAAGAGAAGGGGGAGAAGGAGGAGACGGAGCAAGCGGAAAUGGAGGAAGUAUAGUUAAAAUUCCGGAAAGAAAUUCUGCCCAAGAGGAAGCUAAUGCGGAGACAAGCAAAGGAAGAGAAAGAGGGAGAGCGAGAGGAAGAGGAGGAAGGAGAAGAAUCCAGGGAAGGAAAGGCAGCAGAGGGAGAGCGGGAGGAAGAGGGAAAGAAAGUGCAAGAAGACAAAUAGACAAGGCCGAAAGUGGAGGGAAAACAAAUGGCGUAGCUGUAAGUGGAACGAGGACAGACAAUAACUCAAGCGAUGGUGAAAGAUUGAGACUAAGCGAGAGCGAAAUGACUAGAGCGGGAAGAAGCGAAGCACAAGAGUUAUCAAGCAAGGAAGGGUUGAGCGAGAAUACACACAGAGGGAGGGGAGACAUUGGCAUAGACGACACGGAGCUCAUACAGAAUGAUGGCACUGGCAGUGUACCCCUUCCUUAUUCUAAAAGGAACAAUUUAUCUGCCAAUACAUGCGAUUCUGAAUGCAAGGCUCAGAACACAGUUAGUAAAAAGAGUAAACGCGCCACUAAACCUCAAAAUACGAAUACGAGCGACGGGAAGACAACUGCCGAUGGGAGCCACCACACGACGACCGCACCGAACUCUACCAAUCUCACGUCAGCAUCUUCUGGAACUGCCUCUGAUAACCAAGAUAACAAACCACAUGAGACCCCUGCCAGUUCCUCGAAGCAGACGAUUUCCUCGGUGACCGAUCUGCUUUUCGUCGUACCAAACGAGAUAGUUAUCAAACCAGCUGAAAACAGCAAAGUGCAAAGUGAAAUCAAGACGACGGAGAAACUAAUCCAGACGUCGCUUGAGGGCCUGCUGUUGCGCGUGCCUGGCGACAGUAGCCGACAACAGCCGCACGACGGAACCGACAGCGGACCAUCCCAAGACUCGGCUUUGCCCGAAGUAAACACCGAGCCAUCUGUUGCAACCACACUGCGUGAGCUCACCCUGCCGGAUGCGAGCGUGGCGAGCGUCACCUCUACCACCGACGCGACGUCAACACAAGUCCAGGAUGAAACUCCAACCCAAAGCACCUCGAUACCACAUAAAGAUUCGGGAACUCCAAAGGAAAACAAAACAGAUUCCGCCGCAAAAGACACAACAGAAAACGGAGAACACGAGCCGCCCACGGAUAGCACAGAAAACGGGAAAUCCAAGAGUAACUCAGUUACCCGGCAAGAGAAACUGGUCCUGCGCACAGCGUGCCUCCCUAUCGGGGCGCUGGGCAAAUUUAAGGUCCAGGAUACUAUAUAUCAAGUCCGGGGAAUGGGGGCAGGACACAUCGCCGCCGAGUGCUGGCGAGAGGUCUCCAACGUGGUAAACGACCACAUUAAGCUUCCAUACCUCGAUGAAACGACUCUUGUGGCCACAACGGCAUUCUAUUUCAUCGCGACCAGUGCAAAUCUCAUUGAGCCCGAGAUGACGUAUGGCUACGUUAGAGUGGAACAGUUUCGUCAAGCAGCGGACACAAUGUGCGAGCGCCGGCAGAAGCAGUUCCCCGACCCUCUGGCGUGUCUUGACUACCAGUACGCGGCGGCGCUCCUCAAGCACGGCCUCCAUCUCUCCGACAAGACCGAGAUCCUGGUGUGCGACAAGAUCCAGGGCUUCCGGCUGGGCUGGGCGCUCGGGGCGGCCCUUAACUACCUCCAGAGGCACUGACGGCGCGCGAUGAAUUCCUGCCGAGAAGCGCCUCCCCCGGGAACUGGGCUCCUGCAGCCACUCGAAAAAUCACACCAAAUACUCACCAGAACUU